AUGGAAAUUAAACCAAGACAGAAACACCACACCACCAGUUCUUUUUUCACAAACAUGACUACCAAUGUUAACCAAUCUGCACCCAACAAUUUUUCCUUCUCAAGAUAUCUCAAAUCUCUCUCCCAAACUCCUCACAGGCUUAGAAAGAGAAUGCUAGCAACGUGGACACCAGACCAAGAGCUCAAUCAAGUGAGGCUAAGGUCUGGUGCUGACAUGAAGAGGAAACUCAAGUGGUAUGACCUGAUAGCCCUUGGUAUAGGUGGAAUGCUUGGUGUGGGAGUGUUUGUUACUACAGGUCCUGUGGCCCUUGAAAAUUCUGGCCCUUCAGUUUUCAUAUCUUAUAUCAUUGCCGGAAUAUCAGCACUGCUUUCCUCUCUGUGUUACACUGAAUUUGCAGUCCAGAUUCCUGUCGCUGGAGGCGCCUUUAGUUAUCUAAGAGUGACAUUUGGAGAGUUUGUGGGGUACUUUGCUGGGGCAAACAUACUGAUGGAGUAUGUUUUGUCCAACGCAGCAGUGGCAAGAAGUUUUACAGACUAUCUGUGUCGCGCUGUUGGAGAAAACAAUUCCAAUUCAUGGAGGGUUGAAGUGGAUGGUUUAGUAAAAGGUUACAAUAUGUUAGAUAUCCCUGCUGUUGCUCUUAUUAUUCUUCUCACUCUCUGUCUUUGCCACAGUACAAAGGAGAGCUCGAUACUGAACCUGAUAAUGACAGUGUUUCAUGUGAUUUUCUUUGGAUUCAUUAUUAUUGCUGGGUUCCACAGUGGAAGUGUUGAGAACUUGGUAAAGCCGGGAGGGAUUGCACCUUUUGGUGUGAAGGGUGUUAUUGAUGGAGCAGCUAUAGUUUACUUUAGCUAUAUUGGCUAUGACUCAGUCUCAACAAUGGCUGAAGAGAUCCAAACCCCAUCCAAAAGCCUUCCUGUGGGCAUUGUUGGCGCUGUCCUCAUUGUCUCUGCCCUUUAUUGCCUCAUGGCCUUGGCUUUGUGUGUCAUGGUACCCUACAAUGAGAUAGCAAAAGAAGCAUCAUACUCCAUGGUUUUUCAAAAGAUUGGUUGGGGAUGGGCAAGCAAUGUUGUUGGUGCUGGAGCAAGCUUGGGAAUUGUUGCUUCUCUUCUGGUUGCCAUGUUAGGCCAAGCUAGAUACCUUUGUGUCAUUGGAAGGGCAAGGCUAGUCCCUUUUUGGUUAGCCAAGGUGAAUCCCUCCACUGGCACCCCAGUCAAUGCCACAAUCUUCUUGGGGCUUUGCACAGCAACAAUUGCGCUCUUCACAGACCUAAGCAUUGUGUUUGAGAUGAUAUCAAUCAGCACAUUAUUGGUGUUCUACCUGGUGGCCAAUGCUCUUAUAUACCGUCGAUACGUGAUCAUUAGCAAGAACCCACCAUCACACACACUCUUGUACCUCUUGGUCCUCUCAUCUUCUGCAAUCGGCUUCUCCUUGUCAUGGAAACUUGAGCAGCAUUUGUGGGGUUUACCAGUAUUUGGUGGGUUGAUGAUAGCGAUGACUGGGCUUUUUAUCUACAUGGUUCCUGAAGGCAUGGGGCGAUCGAGGGAGGAAUGGUCAGUGCCAUUGAUGCCAUGGCCAGCUGCAAUAUCAAUCUUCCUUAGUUUGUUCCUGAUGACAACACUAAAACUGCUAUCUUUCCAAAGGUUUGCUACAUGGGCAUGUUUGAUAACUAUAUUCUAUGUAUUAUAUGGUGUUCACUCAACUUACCAAGCAGAAGAGAUGGAGACGGGUCCUAUUGAGAUGCAAAACGCCCCAAUAUCCCCAUCAAUCCAACAAAGAAAACUAGAAAUUCAAGUGCUAUAAAUAAUAAUAUUAACAAAGACAGUUUUACUUUUACACUUUGUGUUAACUUAUUAUACCUACUUUCUUUUAAGCAA